ACCAAUUCUCCCAAAACAGUGGGGGCUGGGAGCAUCGUUGAUGUGAUGCCUUGGCUCCAGUAUUUUCCCAACCCAAUAAAAACAAUUUUUGAAAAUUUUAAAGAGCUCAACCAGGAGUUUAGUAAAUUUAUCGUUACUAAGGUUGUCGAGCAUCGACAGACCAUUCAGUCAAGCACAAUCCGGGACAUGACAGAUGCUUUCAUCAUGGCAUUGGACCAUUCUCAGGACAGCUCGCCCGGGGUCUCACCAGGCAAAGAUUAUGUGCCACCCACUAUUGGUGAUAUUUUUGGAGCAAGCCAAGACACACUGUCUACUGCACUCCAAUGGAUCAUUCUGAUACUUGUGAGGUAAAUAGUCUACAUAUUAAUUUGGAAUCAGUUUAAGUGAAAUGAAAGUACUCUUUUUACCAUAGGCUAUAAUAUGUUCUAUUAACAAUGCAUUUGAUAUUUUAGUCAUUAAGCAGACGCUCUUAUCCAGAGCAAUUUACAGUUAGUGCAUUCAUCAAUUCACAAUAGCCUACAUGCUUUAAGUUGAGAAAACCUAUGCGUAAAACAGAAAAAGCAAUUUUGUCUUGGGAAAAUGAUCCUACCUAAUAUACUAGUAUGCCACUAUCUCACAAUCAACAUAAAACAUCGAAAGAGUACUAUGCUCUGCUCUUUCAUUGCUGGCAGACUACUACUGUACCUGCUCUUGUGUUCGGCACGUCAGUAGCAGAACUAGGAUGUUACGUAAUAGUCUUAAAUAGCAGAAGAGCCCAGGCAGGUAUUGGAAGCCUAACAUGAGGGCUCCGCUGUACUGAAAUCUCGCUUGAGAAAAAUAAAGUAAUCUGAACCGUAGAACAUCAUGAUGUGAGUUGCCAGUUUGCGCCGGGAAAAAUAAAACUGUUUAGAUAGUAAUUAAUGAAAUGUUUAUUUUGUCCAGUAUUUGGUACUUACUUGUAGCCUAUAUCAACCUGUUGCCCAUAGUUACCCACCAAAAAUGAUUAAUGUAUUGAGUAUGCCCCCAGUGUUGAAAUAGAGGUUAGCUUCCCAAUAGGAAAUUAUUUAGCCUACAUCUCAAUGAACAAAGAUACCUGUGUUCUGAGUGUUCACUUUAGACCGUUUCCUAUAUAGGUUUCCUCAAAUCCAGCUGCGUCUCCAAGAGGAAGUGGACAAAGUGGUCUACCGGAGCCGUCUGCCCACCAUCGAGGACCAGUCGCAGUUGCCUUACGUGAUGGCCUUUAUCUACGAGGUGAUGCGCUUCACCAGCUUUGUGCCGCUCACCAUUCCCCACAGCACCAUCACCGACACUACCAUCAUGGGCUACACCAUCCUUAAGGACACAGUGAUCUUCAUCAACCAGUGGUCCAGCAACCACGACCCCACCAGGUGGACACACCCGGAGACCUUUGACCCCCUGCGCUUCCUGGACCAGGACAGCUCUUUGAACAAGGACCUGGCCAGCAGCGUGCUCAUCUUCUCCUUGGGAAAGAGGCGGUGCAUCGGAGAGGAGUUGUCCAAGAUGCAGUUGUUCCUAUUUACAGCAUUGCUGGCACACCAGGCCCACUUUAGUCCCGACCCGGACAAGCCGCCGACCAUUGACUACACCUACGGGCUGACCCUGAAGCCCAAUAACUUCUCCAUAGCAGUAAAUCUACGGGACAGCAUGGAAGUCUUGGAGGAGGCUAGCCAAAAGCCCCUCUAUGGGGAGACCCAGGAGGAAACAGGUGACUCCAGAUCAGACUGAGAAUAGAGUUGCUAAAAGCAUUUAAAAAAUGGUAAAUGAAGCUUGAAAGAAAAAAAAACACUGAAGUAGAUUCAUGAACUGCAAUUCAUCCUCAUGUGCCAUCAGGUAUCAGCUACUAUAUAGUUAUAAAUAUAUUUAUGAACUGAACACUCAGGCAAAACACCCUUCAUAUAAAUCUACACUACCGUUCAAAAGUUUGGG